UUAGUGAAUACAACAAUGAAGAAUUUUCUUAAAAAACUUCAUAUUGGGUCCAAUCAAUCGGAGGAUUCAGAAGGAUCAACAUCCUCCUCAAGGAGCAAGAAAUUAAGUGAUGUUUCAUCACCUGAAAAGCAUACAAGCUCUAGAAGCUAUCAAGGGUCUGAUAAUAAACCUUUUUCAGCAAUUUCAGGAUGGUUAAAUUCAGUUACAAAUAGGCAUAGUCCUAGUCCUCCGUCUUCCUCAAAUGGGAAUAGAGGGAAUAGAAUGGAACAUUCUGACUCUGUGAGUAUUGGUGGCACUGAUGCUGUUUUAGAUGCUGUACAGCGUGAUUCGGAGUCUAGCAGCUCGAGGGAUCCUGGUGUAGAGGAGGAGUAUCAAAUUCAGUUAGCUCUAGAGUUGAGCGCGAAGGAAGACCCUGAGGCAGUUCAAAUUGAGGCUGUUAAGCAAAUCAGUUUAGGCUCUUCUGCCCCAGAGAAUGCUCCUGCAGAAGUUGUAGCAUAUCGGUAUUGGAAUUACAAUGCUCUAAGCUAUGAUGACAAGAUCCUGGAUGGAUUUUAUGAUCUGUAUGGUGUCCUCAUGGAGUCCAAUUCCUCGAAAAUGCCCUCCCUCAUUGAUCUGCAAAGAACGGAAGUAUCAGAUCAUAUUAGUUGGGAAGCCAUCCUUGUCAGUAAAGCUGCGGACUCCAAGUUGUUGAAACUUGAACAGAGAGCUCUAGAGAUUGCUGUUGAGGAGAGGUCAAAACUCAUGGAUUUUUCAGCCAGCAGUUUGGUACAUAAGCUUGCUGUGCUUGUUUCUGACCACAUGGGGGGGCCAGUUGUGGAUCCGGAGAGCAUGUUGCUUGCAUGGAGAAGUAUUAGUUAUAAUCUAAAGGCAACUCUAGGGAGUAUGGUUUUGCCUCUUGGUUCUUUGACCAUUGGAUUGGCUCGUCAUCGUGCAUUGUUAUUCAAGGUUUUAGCUGAUAGUGUGGGGAUUCCUUGUCGAUUAGUAAAAGGAAAGCAGUAUACAGGUUCAGAUGAUGUUGCAAUGAACUAUGUAAAAAUCGAUGGAAGGGAGUAUAUUGUCGAUUUGAUGGCAGCACCUGGAACACUUAUUCCAUCUGACACAUCUGGAGUACAUGGAGACUAUGAAGAAUCUAUUCUCUCCAUCAGUCCAUCCUCCAAAGAUGUUGAUUCUCAUCCAGGUUCCUAUAGUAGAUGGAUUGCUUCUUCAUUGGGAGAUCAUUCAGACUAUGGAACGGCAGACAAGAGAUCCAGGUUUGCGGAAAGCACUAGUGCAGGAAAUGAAUCUCCCUCUUCUGGUAAUUCAGAACUGCAGGUAAAAGCGGAGAAAGAAUUUUAUAAUACCUUCCAUGAUUUUACAAAGGCUCCCAGUCCUAAGGAGCAAGGACAGGAAACAUCUUCUAGAGCUGGGCAUGCAAGAUCUGCUUUUACACAUGCAAGAUCUCCUUCCUGGACAGAAGGUGUUAGCUCCCCAGCUGCACACAAGAUGAAAGUAAAGGAUGCUUCGCAAUACAUGAUUGACGCUGCCAAAGAAAAUCCACAGCUAGCUCAAAAACUGCACACUGUUUUACUUGAGAGUGGAGUUAUUGCACCACCAAACCUGUUCGAUGAGAUCUAUCCAGAACAACUAGACGUAUCUCAUAUAGAGGGAAAAUCCAGGCUAGAGGAAAGAGAUGAGUUCCAAAAAGUCAGGGGUCAAUCUGAUAAGAAUCGAGCCCGCUUCUUACCCCCUCUGCCUUAUCACAGUCCAUACUCUAAGGGCAAUGCACGUGGAUCAUUGGAACCUCAUCCAGAUGUGAGAGAAGUUGGUGAACAGCAAGUUUCUAGACAGUCUGAAGUAGCUCCACCGAAACAUAUGAAAACAGUUCCUGUUGCUGCUGCUGCCGCCGCCGCCGCAGCUGCUGUUGCCUCUUCGAUGGUAGUUGUUGCAGCCAAGACUAACCCUCACGGGGACCUCCCCGUAGCAGCUGCUGCCACAGCCACAGCUGCAGCAGUGGUAGCAACAACUGCAGCAGUCAGUAAGCAAUAUGAGGCACAAGGAGACUGUGAAAGAGUUGAUGGAGAUGCAGAUACUGCUGUUUAUGAGCAACAGAGAAGUGGUCAUCAAGAGCAUGAGGCAGCAGGAGCAAAUUCAGAGGGUGAAAGGAUGUCAGAUAAGUCAACCGGUAAUGAUAGUGCUAAAUCAGAUGUGAUACUUGAUGAUGUAGCAGAUUGUGAGAUUCCGUGGGAGGAUAUUGCCUUGGGUGAGCGUAUCGGACUUGGAUCUUAUGGAGAGGUCUAUCGUGGAGAGUGGCAUGGAACUGAAGUUGCUGUAAAGAAGUUCCUGGAUCAAGAUAUAACUGGUGAAUCCCUUGAGGAGUUCAGAAGUGAGGUGCGGAUCAUGAAAAGGCUCAGACAUCCAAAUGUUGUUCUAUUCAUGGGAGCUGUUACUCGUUCUCCACAUCUUUCAAUUGUUACUGAGUUUCUUCAUAGAGGUAGUUUGUACAGAUUAAUCCAUCGACCCAACCAUCAGCUAGAUGAGCGCAGGAGGUUGAGGAUGGCUCUUGAUGCUGCUCGAGGGAUGAACUAUCUACACAACUGCACUCCCAUGAUAGUUCAUCGAGAUUUGAAGUCUCCAAAUCUCCUUGUAGAUAAGAACUGGGUUGUGAAGGUAUGUGAUUUUGGACUGUCAAGAAUGAAGCACAGCACAUUUCUUUCUUCUAGGUCGACUGCUGGAACGGCAGAGUGGAUGGCCCCAGAAGUGCUGAGAAAUGAACCUUCAAAUGAAAAAUGUGAUGUAUAUAGCUUCGGUGUCAUACUAUGGGAGCUUUGUACUUUACAGCAACCAUGGGGAGGAAUGAAUCCAAUGCAAGUCGUUGGUGCUGUGGGGUUUCAGCACCGACGUCUUGACAUACCAGAUUACAUGGAUCCAGCUAUUGCAGACAUUAUCAGGAAAUGCUGGCAAACAGAUCCAAAGUUACGGCCUUCAUUUGCUGAGAUUAUGGCUGCUCUGAAACCACUACAAAAGCCUAUUACUAGUUCACAUGCACCAAAACCACCAGUUGCCAGAGGUCAGCCAUCGCGAAUCAUAGAAGAUCCAUCCGCGGAGCAGGGUUAGUACUGAAGAACGUAAAUAGACUUAUUUUUCGUUGGAUUAAACAGGUCCAAAUUUGAGCUCAAGAAACUGAAGGAAGACAUCAAAGAACCUGACAAUCACAUAAUACUUCAUAUUUAAGCCAAAUUGUGAUUCUUUUGUUUCAUCCUUUUAGUAUUUUUAGCAGUGUUUCCCCAAUUCUCAAAAAUUGUGUAUCUGCCCUUCCCUUGUGUAUUCAUGUUGAUACUCUCUUUUGUAAUUAAAAAAUAGAAAGAAUUGCUUAAAAGAAGCUCAAGCUCUUUUAUUUAUGUUUUAGGUCAACAUUUAUAUUUUGUACCUAUUAUUGAAACAUGUGCAAAUAUAGCUCUUGAGACGAAC